GGCGCCUCGGGCGCCGCCCCCUGGCCCGCCCCGCGCUUCCAGGGAGGGGGGUGCGGCUCCGAUCCGAGCAGUCCAUGCGGGCCUCCGAGUCUUCGUGUUGAUGCCACUGUGUGUUCCCCUGCCUUCGUACGCCGCCUGGACGCGGCGCUCGCGGUGCAUGGCGCCGGGCCGCUGUCUGUCUGGUGGGCCCCCGACCGCGCGCUCCACUUCACGAUCUUCCAGUUCACGGAGCACCCGUGCCUCAUGGCAGAGGACUUCUGACGUCCGGGACCGCUGCACACCCCUGAGCGGCGAGGACGACCGGCGCUUGUGCGCCGCGGUGGCGGAGCGGGUCUCAGGGCUGGCCGCGCCGAAGGUCGCGCUCCACGGCCUCCGCCUGAUGCCCGACGGGUCGCUGCUGCUGCUCUUCCUGGAGGCGCCCAGCGCCCCGGACGCCGUGGGCGCCCUGCGCCGCUCUUGCGCCGGGGCGGCCGUGGCGGCGGGCCAGGAGACGGGCAGCCCGUGAGGCCGAAGGACUUCCUGCACGUCGUGGUGGGCCGCGUGCUGGAGGUCGGGGCUCUCUCGGAGGAGGCGCGGGGGGCGCUGGCGGCGGCGGCGGCCGGCGAGGCGGGGCCCGUGGCCCUGCGGGGUGUGGACCUGGUCGCGCAAGAGGGCGCCGAGGUGGAGCUGUGCCUCCCGGUGGUGGACCUCGUCAGGACCUGGCAGUGGCUUCACACCUCGGGGGCACACGGUCCUCGGCAGCUACAGGCUCGCGCCCCCCGCGCCCUGAGGCCGCGCAUCCCCCGCGCCCUGAGGCCGCGCCUCUCCCCUCCGACGGGCCGGGCUGCCCCCCGUGGGCCCGCCCUGCGAGCCGAGCAGGCGCCGCGCAGGCCUGGCCGCGCUCGGCCAGAGCUUCCUGUUCGCUGCCUGCUAGGA